AUCCCCCUUCAGUACAAACAAAAACGAUAUCAUAAUGGCCUAUCAUCUUCCUCUCUCUCUUCUCCUCCCUGCCAUCUCUCUUUUCUCACUUGUUUCCUCUUCAGCUGUGCCACACCCUCACCUAGUUGCCCAAGACGUACACAGGAGAAUCAAUGCGUCUAGAAGAAACCUGGCGUAUCUAUCGUGCGGAACUGGGAACCCCAUAGAUGACUGCUGGCGUUGUGACCCCAACUGGGAGAAAAACCGUCAGAGGCUGGCUGAUUGCGCCAUUGGCUUCGGUAAGGACGCCGUCGGAGGAAGAAGCGGCCGAAUCUAUGUCGUCUCCGACUCGGGGGAUGACGACCCAGUGAACCCCAAGCCGGGUACUCUCAGGCACGCCGUCAUACAGGAGGAGCCACUGUGGAUCAUCUUCAACAGAGACAUGGUGAUCAAUCUGAAGCAAGAGCUCAUCAUGAACUCCUAUAAGACCAUCGACGGGAGAGGAGCCAGUGUUCACAUCGCCGGCGGCGGCUGCAUUACCAUCCAUUACGUCAACAACGUCAUCAUCCACGGGAUUCACAUCCACGACUGUAAGCCCACGGGGAACACGGAGAUCAGAGACUCUCCCACCCACUCUGGGUUCUGGACGGUGUCGGACGGAGACGGCAUCUCCAUUUUUAACUCCAACAACAUAUGGGUCGACCACUGUUCCUUAUCCAACUGCCACGACGGGCUCAUCGACGCCACCCAUGGAUCCACGGCCAUCACCAUCUCCAACAACUACAUGACCCACCACGACAAGGUGAUGCUGUUGGGUCACAGUGACGAAUACGCGCAAGACAAGGACAUGCAGGUGACGGUGGCGUUUAAUCACUUCGGAGAAGGGCUUGUGCAGAGAAUGCCGAGGUGCAGGCACGGCUAUUUCCACGUGGUGAACAACGAUUACACUCACUGGGAGAUGUACGCCAUUGGAGGGAGUGCCGAACCCACCAUUAACAGCGAAGGGAAUAGGUUCCUUGCCCCUGAUAAUAGCGCCAGUAAAGAAGUGACGAAGCACGAGGAUGCUCCGGAGAGCGAGUGGAAGAACUGGAAUUGGAGAUCGGAAGGGGAUCUUUUCUUGAACGGGGCAUUCUUCACGCAAUCCGGCGCUGGAGCUUCUUCUACCUAUGCUAGGGCGUCGAGUCUCAGUGCUAGGCCGUCUUCCCUGGUUGGUUCCAUCACCGUCAGUGCUGGUGCACUUAUCUGCAGAAAGGGCAGUCGUUGCUGAUAAGCCAACCACCACGGAAUUGCUUUCUUAGCUAAAGAAUAAAGUCUGGGAAAUUGUUGUGUCCUUAAAUCGCUUCCCACUAGCAGUUUCUUAUAGCUAUAUAUACAUAUAUAGACACAUGCAGCGUCCCCCUGAGCUUAGUCGUCGACUUCACUUCAAUUUGAUUAUGUAUUGUAACAGUCCUUGUCCUUUGCAUUUUAAUGGCAAAGAUGGGUCUCAAAGUAUGAAUGGGAACGCAUGUGAAUGUUGGCUUCA